UUUAGUCCUUUUACCUUCAUUUUCUCAUUGCAACUUCUCCUCUAAUAGACUCUUUUCCUUAUUUCACCUCUUUUCUUACUUCAUUUUCUCGUUCCAAAUUCUCCCAAUUGUGGUUUAUUUAUUUAUUUUUUAUACCUCUGUUCUUUUUCCAUGCUCUUCGCUUCUUCCCCUUUCAUUGAUUUGUUAUACAAUUUCUCUUCCUUUCCUCUCCUCUUUUGAUAGCUUCUGAAAGCGAAAUUACAAACCCUAACACCCACCAACCCAACCCCCGCCAAAAAAAAAAAAAAAAAAAAAAGAAAAUCAUUAAUCCUCUAAUUAACCAGUUUGGAACAUUAGAUGUUGCAUUUCUCCAAAUUCCUUCAAGUUAAAACACACCACAAUUCUCCAUCCAUGGAUCUACUAUGGAGUGUCUGAAGGACAUCUCCAUGCUCUUUUAAUUUUUCAAAACACCCCAUCCAUCCACUAUCUUGUUUGUACCAUGGAGUAUCUGAAGGAUCAUGCUGUGGAGAUCAUUCAAUGGUUAUGGCCUCCUCUAGCUGAGCAGUUGGAUUAUGUCAUAAACGCCGAGGCCCAUCUAGAGGCCUUGAGAAGAGCGGCCGAAGAAAUAAAAUGCAAGCGCAAGGGCAUCCAACGUGACGACAUUGAUGGGCCAUUGAAGAAAAGAAGGAAGCUGACCCACCAAGCAGCGCGCUGGAUUGAUGACUCAAUCAAAAUUGAGAAGGAAGUUGAUUCGAUAAAUUCCGAGUUCAAGCACAAACCAAUGUUCUUGAAUGGACUUUGCACCAAUUAUUUAUAUCACUAUAAAUUGGGUAAAAGGGCAGUUCGAAUUCUCAUCGACGUUAAAGAUCUCAAAAAGAAGGCACCUCUUGGUGAGGUGAUUUCGAGUCCUUCACGACCGACGGUGGUAGAGAAGCAGGGAUCGUUACCUCCUGGGCAGAGAACCUCUGAGCAGACCUUAGAGGAGAUAUGGCGAUGCUUGGGAGACGAAGAGAGUCGAAUCAUAUGCGUAUAUGGAAUGGGCGGAAUCGGGAAAACUACUCUCAUGAAAGCCAUCAACAAUAGGUUGGUUGGAACCCAAGACUUCGAUAUUGUGCUAUGGGUAACAGUCUCCAAGGAAUUCAAUACAGAGAAGAUCCAGAAAGAAAUUGGUUAUCAAUUGAAUUUGGUUUUUCAUGACAGCGAGCAAAAGAGAGACAAGCUCUUUGCUGCGUUGAAGAACAUGAAGUAUAUGCUCAUCUUAGAUGACCUCUGGUGCUAUUUCAACUUGGAGGAAGCUGGGAUUCCUCUGCCAAAUGGGCAGAAUAGAUGCAAGAUUGUGAUAACUACCCGAUUUAUUCAAGUAGUCAAUGCAAUGGAGGCCGACAAGCAUAUCGGAGUCAAGACUCUUACGAGCGAGGAAUCGUGGAAUUUGUUCUGUGACAAAGCUGGGGAUGUGGCUCGUUUGCCUGGAAUUAAAUCUUUAGCUGAGGAGGUCACCAAAGAGUGUGGUGGUUUACCACUUGCAAUCAUUACAGUGGGACGAGCUAUGCGUCGCAAGGACAAGAAAGAGCUGUGGCUGGAUGCAGUAAGAUCAUUGAGGGGAUCCGCACCCGAGAUUCCAGGUAUGGGGCCGAAUGUGUUUCAUUCUUUAAAACUUACAUAUGAACACUUAGAAGACGAUAAGCACAAGCGUUGUUUCUUGUAUUGUGCUUUAUUUCCUGAAGAUUAUAACAUAAGAAUACAAGAACUAGUCAGAUUUUGGACAAUAGAAGGGUAUAUAGACAAUGUGAAAAGCUUAGAAGAUGCUUCAAACAAGGGACACACCAUAAUUGAAAGAAUCAAGGAGGCAUGCCUUCUCGAGGAUGGGCAACCCAAAGACACGUAUGUCAAGAUGUAUGGUUUAAUUUGUGACCUGGCUAUAUCGAUAGCAUCGUCAUCCCAAGAGGAGUCAAAAUUUCUGGUGAGAACCUGUGCGAAACUGAAGGUGCCACCCAGGGAGGAGAUGUGGGAGGAGAUGGAGAGGAUUUCAUUGAUGUCAAAUGAAAUUGAGGAUCUUCCGAUUCGGCCCAAUUGUCCUAAGCUGGUAUCCUUAUUUCUUAGAAAAAAUACCCAAUUGAAGAUAAUUCCAAGUAGCUUCUUCGAGCUCAUGCCAAAACUUCGGAUUCUUGAUCUAAGCUACACUGCGAUUGAAUCACUUCCAAUGUCCUUGUCUUUGUUAGUGAAUUUACGUGCACUGAUUCUAAAAUAUUGUACAAGUUUAGUUGGGCUCCCACCAUUCGAACAGCUAAAAGAACUCCAAUUUGUAGAUCUCUCUUGCUCUGCCAUAAGCAAUCUGCCUGAGGGCUUUGGAAAUUUGGUGAAACUUAAGCAGUUGGAUUUAUCAAACUUGGAUUGUCUCGUAAGUAUUCCACGCAAUCUGUUGUCUAGACUGUCUUGUCUAGAGGAACUAAGACUGCUUAAAACGUAUGUCAGUUGGGGCGUAGCGGCUGAUCCACAAGUCAUGAGUGAAGCUUCUCUAGGGGAGGUUGCAACCUUGACAUGCUUGUCUACUUUUGAUAUUACAAUACCAAACAUCGACUGCCUGGAGCAUGAUAUGUUCUAUCGACAGUGGCCACGGUUCAAAAAUUUCGCUAUCCAUGUUGGUUGCAAUUGGGUCUUUGACCAUCUAAGCUGCGAUAACUCUGUGCGCAUACACCAAUGUGACCAUUUCCCACAUGGGAUUAAGGUGAUGAUAAAACAUGCAGAAGGGUUGGGUUUUGCAGCAUGCAGUGGUCUAACACGGGUUUCUCAGGUAGCGGGCGAUUCGAAGAACUUAAGACAGCUCCAAGUCUACAGAUUCAAUGGAAUGGACUGUAUUAUAGACUGGAGAGAGGUGGGAGAAGGUGCAUUGCAACAGUUGGAGUGGUUGUACCUGGACGGGUUACCGGACUUGGAAACGCUAUUCAAGGGGGAAGUUCCACAGGGAAGCCUUCGAAACCUAAGGUCAAUAGAAGUUUCAUACUGUGAAAAGUUGAGGUGUCUCUUCUCUUCUAGUGUGGCAGAACAUCUAGAUGGGUUGCAGGAACUUACGGUGCGAUCUUGUGAUGAGAUGGUGGAGAUUGUUGAAGGGUACACACUACCAGACAAUCUGUUUCCGCAAUUACGCAGACUGAGGCUGGAGAGAUUAUAUAAAUUAACAAGAAUUGUCUCUAGUACAGCGUCGGCUGCUACAAACUUGCAAGAGAUGGAGGUGUUCAGAUGUCCGUUAUUGAAGAAGCUGCCCUUGUGGAAUUCCAUACAGAAAAUCAAAGGAGAGAGUGACUGGUGGGCUGGUUUGGAGUGGGAAGAUGAGAACACCAAGUCCCUCUUUCAGCAGAAAUUUCAUCAAUGGACCCUCCCUCGAUAAAAAUAGAGCCAGAGUUGAAUCAAGAUGAUAGGAUUGAAUUCGACACUGGUUCACCCGUUUCACUCUUUGGGUUCGUUAUUCUGAGAUGGUUGGCUGAUGUGGACCGUCCAUCUGGUGGUUGCUGUUGCGGAUUUAACAAGCUCUACUAAUCACACUAGAGGAUGAUCUUGACUGAAGAACCUUGGAGUUUAGUCUGAACCAGUGAAACUUUUUUUUUUUUUUUUUUAAAGAUUAUAUGGUUAAUGUAGAGAUGAAUAAUACACAUUAAAUAUGUAAUAUUUUGUAAUAUUGUGUAAAUCUAUCAGGGAUCAAUUAGAGGUUGUAAGAUCUGUUUGC